AUGAACUGUUAAGAAUAUAUUCGCUAUUCUGAUAUUUUAGAUGGAAAGUAUGAAAUAGAUUAAUUGAAAUCUUUGAAUUAAACAUAGAAAUAUAGAUCAACAAGUUCAAUUAAAACCAAUCAUUAUAAAGAUUUAAUAGAAGACUUAAUUUAAGUAUCAUACUAUACAAUAAAAUAGGCUCAAAGUAGAUGUGCUGAUAAUAUCAAUCAAUUAGGUUACAUGAUCAAUUCAUAAUCAAGCAAGAGAUGUACUUAAUCUCAAUUUUCAACUCCUAAACUUAAUAUGUCAUAAAUUUCAUAAUUUUCAUAAUAUUCAUAAAUCUAAACUCCUAGUAAAGCCAAUCAAAGUAUUUCUGCAUCUCCAUAAUUAUAUAAUUAAUUGAACAAUGAGUAAUAAAUAUUACUUAAUUUAAAGAAAUCUUAUGGAACAAAUUGAAAAAUUAAUUAAGAUUAGAAAAUUAGACUAAUCUAUACUUUUAAGGAUCAUCAGAAAACAUAUGACUAAUUGUCCAUAUUUUGUAUAAUUAGUCAAACAAGAGUUUCGUAAUAGUAUUAAUACUUCAUAGUGA